UUGGCAGCGGAGACGGAGUUGGCGGCCUCCUCCGACGAGUCGAACCAUCUUUUACUCGCGUCCUCCGACCGCUGCAAUUUGCCUUGCUUGCCCUCCUCGUGGGAUCGACAGCGGCAUCUGAGAAUUCCCCCAACGAACCAACCCCAGCGGGAGUUUGAUUCGGUGAAUGGUCUAUUAGCAAUGUAUACAUGGAAAGAAAUGGAAACACGAUCAGCUCUGCCAAUGGGGAAGCUUAACAUGGAGCAACUCGGUGAUGCUAGAAGCUCUGGAGUUAUGUCAUCAACUCUACCUGUUAGACCAAACAACUCUGGAGAGAAGUUUCCUAAAAUACCAGAUUCCCAACUAGUUCUGAUGGAUAGGGAAAUAAGAAGCAAUCCUUUGCCUUCCGAUUAUACUCCUUUUGUCUCCGAUGGUGGGAACGUUGGACCCUUGUUUUCAUCACCUUCUGGACUUUCUUCAGAUCUUCAUUUUUCUUCAAGUCUCCCACAUGAGAGGCAUACCAAUGGUACUCCAUUUGCUAAUCAAUUACUGAAUGCUGGAGUUUCUUUGUCUUCAACCUAUUCCUCAAAUACUGGAAUAUUUCAAGUGCCAAAUAAUAAUUUACCCAAAGAUCCAACUGCAGUAACCUGGUGUCCAGAAACAGUUCAGGGCAUCGGGAACAGUAAAAUCAACGACAGCUUGAUUGUGGUUUCCAAUGAUCUCAGUAAGCAAAAUGAAUGGUGGAGUGAUAUCAUGAAUGUAGAUUGGAAGGAUCUUCUUAAUGACACAACUAUUGCUGAAUCUCAAUCAAAGGUUGUCUGCCCAGCUGCUCAAUCCUCUCCUGAUAUCUCAAUGCACCAGCUGCAAUCCCAUCGAUCUGUUCCAUGUCAUGCUGGUGAGGUUUGUUCUAUCACUAGUCCAAUGUCUGCUACCACUAGUACUGCAACCAAGCCACGCAUGAGGUGGACUCCAGAGCUUCACGAACUAUUCAUAGAUGCCGUCAACCAGCUUGGUGGUGGUGAAAAAGCUACUCCUAAAGGUGUAUUGAAUAUCAUGAAAGUGGAAGGAUUGACAAUAUGCCAUGUGAAAAGUCAUCUACAGAAAUACAGAACAGCUCGUUAUAUACCAGACUCAUCAGAAGGAAUGUCAGAAAAGAGGAUCACUCAGAGUGAGGAAUUACCUUCAUUAAAUCUGAAGACAGGCAUUGAUUUCACUGAAGCAUUGAGACUCCAGAUAGAAGUUCAGAAACGCCUGCAUGAACAACUUGAGAUUCAGAGAAGCAUGCAACUGAGAAUUGAGGAGCAAGCGAAACGCCUGCAAGUAAUGAUCGAGAAGCAACGUAAGUCAACCAUGGAAAAGCAGCAUGCUUCUUCCACUCCAUUAGAACCAACUCCUCAUUCUACUGCUGAGAUCGAGCUCCCAGAAGCAGGAAAUAGCUCCAGUAGUAUACAAAGAACAGAGGACUCUAGGCAAGUGGGUAACAAGUGGAAGAUGCCUGAACUCGAGACUUCCAAUGAGAAGGGAACAGAUGCCAUCACCGGUUGCCCUUCAACAUCCAAGCACAUAAGAGUGAGCAAUGAGGACGCAUGAAUGAAUGCCAAUAUCAGCGUUAGUCUAACAUAACAGUGUGGAUGGCAAAUUAUCCAGAAGGUUAUCUGUGAGGUGUCACCGACUCUUCUAGCCAUCAUCAGACAGAGAUCUCUGGUAGCAUUUCCAGGUAACUCGUUACCUAUCUAAGUCAGUAAACGAUGAAAUUAUAGGGUGCAGAAAUUGAUGAAACGGCUGGAAUGCUCAGUAAAAAGACAGCCAUGUAUUGUGAAGACUGUAGUCCUUUGUGUAAGAUGUAUCGAAGUGUGAUUAGUGAUCUCUCACGCUCAGGUCAUUGUUUUUUCUGGGACAACAAAAUCAUAAAACAUGUAUACUACUUGUGGUUGUCAGUCUUUGAUUGCCGCAUUCUAUCGUCC